AUGUCCCCCAUAACAAUCAACAAAGCCGGCCGCGGCUCCAGCGCCGAAUCCGACCCGCCCAACACCUCCUCCUUCACCCAAAUGGCCGACAAAGACCUGGAGUCCAUCGGCCGCCACUGCCAAUUCGAAUACUGCAACCAGCUGGACUUCCUCCCCUUCCGGUGCGAAUCCUGCCACGGCACGUACUGCCUCGACCACCGCACAGAGACCACACACCGGUGUGCGCACGCCGGCGAAUGGGCCCGUCGGCGCGCAGGCGCAGCCAGCACCCGCGGACCGGCGCCGGAGAAGCCCACGAUCCAUAAUUCCGACCAGUGCGCGCACACGGAGUGCAAAACGCUCGUCAACACACUUAAGGACCCCGGCGUGCGGUGUCCUGAUUGUAGGAAACUGCACUGUCUGCGACAUCGGCUGCGGGAAGAGCACGACUGCGCGAGGGUCGGGCCGGGAGGGCGACGCCAGGCUGGUACCGGCGGAGGAGGAGGAGGAGGAGGGAAUGACGCGCUGAAGUCGAUGUUCGCGCGGGUGCGCACGUGGGGCAAAGACAAGACGCAGCAGCUGACGCCUGCGCCGAAGGCGAACAGUCCCGCUGCGCGGACGAUGCAGCUGAACGCGCUGAAGAAGGUGGCUAAGGGCGAUGCGGGGGUUCCUGCCGAUCGCAGGAUCUAUCUGCAUGUCGUUGGGACGUCCGAGACGCAGCGGACGGAUCCGCCGCGGGGGGAGUUCUUCUUCGACUCGCGGUGGAAGGUGGGGCGGGUGUUGGACGAUGCGGCGAGGAGGUUGCGGGUGGAGAAUGUGAAUAAUCGGGCUGGGGAGGAGGAGCGACUGCGCGUGUUUCAUUUGGAGUCCGGGGAGUUUUUGGAGUUUGGGGAGACGAUUGGUGGGGGGAGGGUUGCGCAGGGGAAUACGCUUGUUAUGUUGAGGGGGGCGGGCGUUAUGCUGGGGAAGUGA